AGAGCAGGUAGGUAGCUAGCUAGGCUAGGACACCAGGAAAAGCUUAGAGGUAGCGAUGGCGGGACAUGGGGAAGAGUUCGACGAGGGAGAAGUAUGGGACGUACUGCAGGACCGGAGCAAAGAAGCUGCUCUCGCCGGCUUCACUCCUCCGGUGAGGAGCAGAAGAGGCGUCGGCAGCAAGAACAAGGGCGCCGCCGUGCCCAAAGACGACAAUGACGAGGGCACCGGUGCAAGCGCGAGGAAGGGCAAAAGGCCACCGUCGUCGUCGACGGCGCCGGUGGCCAUCCCGGACUCGCGCUCGUCGGGGCAUAGCGGCGUCGACGGCCGGAGGAGUGGCCAGGAGGAGGAGGACGAUGAGGAGGCAGGGGAAGUGCUGCCGCCGCACGAGUGGCUCGCGAGGAAGAUGGAGAAGAUGAGCACGGUGCCGGCAGCGUCGUCGCCGGAGAUGGUGAGGGGAAGGAGCAAAGGGAGGGAGAUGAGGAAGUUCAGGGACGCCGUGCUGCCCAAGACCGCCUUCUCCGAGCACUAGAAGAUCGAGGCGCGCAGCAUCAAACUUGCCACAAUCUAAUGCAUGCCAGGGCUAAAAGCUUGAAUAAGUAAGUGGUUCACAUAGCACAGGAUUGCAUGCAUGCACUUGAUGUAACCUCGAGUGCUGGUACCGUCUCACUAAUUUACUACUGAAUCCAUUCUCCAUCUAUGCAUUUUAUUUUUUAAUCAAAUAGCUGUAAUGCAUGUACCCGUACGUUUUGUACGUGUAACCUUUUAACUGCGUGAUUUAUACGCAAUUUAUUGUAUUCUUGUUUGAUA